UAUGGCCGGUCGGUUCCGUAGCUGUUCGCCGUGAGCGUCGUGUAAUCUGCCCUGCGGUGGAUUGUCCAACAUCCAAGAUGUCCCAGCCGUCCACCGCUGAUGAGGGAACAACCUUUGAGCACUUGUGGAGCACCCUCGAGCCAGACAGCACAUAUUUUGAGCUUCCUCAGGCAGGACACUCGGGGGACAGGGUGGCUUCCAGCAGCCUGCCCAGCAACCGCGCUGAAGUCUGCAUGGACGUCUACCACAUGAGAGACAUGAACGACAACGUCAUGUCUCAGUACAGCCUACUGAGCAGCAGUAUGGAACAAGGCUUGGGGAACAGAGCAGCGUCUACCAGUCCCUACAGCUCAGAGACCACCUCCAACGUGCCAACGCCGUCACCCUACUCCCAGCCAAACUCGACCUUCGAGGCCAUGUCUCCAGCCCCGGCCAUCCCCUCCAACACUGACUAUCCCGGGCCGCACAACUUCGAGGUCACCUUCCAGCAGUCGAGCACCGCCAAGUCAGCCACCUGGACGUACUCUCCGUUGCUCAAGAAGCUGUACUGUCAGAUCGCCAAGACCUGUCCGAUUCAGAUCAAACUGGCUUCCUCGCCUCCGAACGGCAGCGUGAUACGAGCCAUGCCCAUCUACAAGAAAGCCGAGCACGUCACGGAGGUGGUCAAACGGUGCCCUAACCAUGAACUCGGACGGGACUUCAACGAAAGUCAGACAGCUCCUGCCAGUCACUUGAUUCGAGUGGAGGGUAAUAAUCUGAGUCAGUAUGUUGAUGAUCCUGUGACCGGCCGACAGAGCGUUCUCGUUCCGUAUGAAGCUCCACAGGUGGGGACCGAGUUCACAACCAUUCUGUAUAAUUUCAUGUGCAACAGCAGUUGUGUCGGUGGAAUGAACCGCAGACCCAUCCUCAUCAUUAUCACACUGGAGACGCGAGACGGACAGGUUCUCGGCAGGCGUUCGUUUGAGGGCCGAAUCUGCGCCUGUCCCGGUCGAGACCGCAAAGCAGACGAGGAUCAUUUCAGGGAGCAGCAGGCUCUAAAUGAGAGCGUCGCCAAAAACGGAAACGCCAAUAAACGAAAUUUCAAACAGGCUCCGGUCAACAUUACAGGCCCUUCCAUCAACAUCAAGAAGAGGCGACACGGAGAAGAGGACAUGUAUUACAUACCAGUGCGAGGCCGGGAAAACUUCGACAUCCUGAUGAAGAUAAAGGACAGUUUGGAACUUGUGGAGUUUGUACCUCAACAGUUAGUGGAUUCAUACAGACAGCAACAGCAGCAGCUCCUACAGAGACAGAGCCAUGUAGCCUCUCCGUCUCCGUAUGGCACGCUCAAUAACAUGAAUAAGAUCCACGGCUCCAUCAGCAAGCUUCCCUCAGUCAAUCAGCUCGUGACCCAGCAGACCCAGCAGAGCGCAGGGCCCUCUGCGUCCAUGUCACAUAUGGGUGGGAACAUGCUGGGCGGACACCACAUGCAGUCGAACGGCGACGUGAACGGAGCGCAUGCGUCUCAGUCUAUAGUGUCAACCUCUCACUGUACCCCCCCACCUUACAACCCCGACCCCAGCCUCGUCAGUUUCUUAACCAGCCUGGGCUGCCAAAACUGCAUCGACUACUUCACAUCACAGGGACUCCAGAGUGUCUACCACCUUCAGACUCUUUCUAUGGAGGACCUUGGGGCGCUGAAGAUCCCUGAGCAGUUCCGGAUGGCGAUCUGGAGAGGCCUGCAGGACAUGAAGCAGGGCCACGAUUACGGCCAGCAGCUCAUCCGCUCCAGCAGUAACAUGGCCACCAUGGCCAUCGGCGGCGGGGGAGAGCUGCAGCGGCAGCGCGUCAUGGAGGCCGUGCACUUCAGAGUGCGCCACACCAUCACCAUCCCCAACCGCGGCGCCCCCGCCGGAGCGGAGGAGUGGGCCGACUUCGGCUUCGACAUGCCCGACUGCAGGAUACACAAGCACUCCAUCAAGGAGGAGUUCGCGGAGAGCGACGUUCGCUGAGAGGCGACGGACAGUUCGCGUUUCCAUAGAGUAGCACUUCCGUAUUUGACCACGGCGACAAAAAAAAACGAUUCGCUUUUUAUGAAGGUGAAUCAAAUGAAUCAUUUUAUUCGAUUGAUAGUCAUUUGAGGCCUUACGCUAAAAUCACAUCACGCAAAAAAAAACAAGACCCAUUAGCUAAAACAUAUUAUUAGGAUGUAGUUAUGAGCAAGCAGUGUAUGGUUUCAGAACAUUGCCUUAUUUAUUUCGGCUUGGUGUAAAUAAUUAUCGUGCAAUCAUGUAUUGAAUUACAUGUGAAGUUAUGCCCGCAGAUCAAGUGGAUUGCUUGACCCACAAAAUCAUACUUUAUAUUUACUUUUUUUGAAAGAAAAACGCAGGUUUAUCGACGCCAGACGUGUACAACUAAACCACUUUCUCAUAAAUAAGUCAUACAAAUAUAACAAUUAGUUCAUUUUACAAAAACAGCGAUGCAAACAACACCAUUUUUUAAUUAUUAGCAUUUUUUUUAAAACUAAGACACUUUUUUGAAAGUGGCGCUUUACACUGCAACUUUUUUUUUGAUUUUAUGAAUUAUGCGUUAAGUAUUAUGUUAUUGACAGGGAGACACUGGAUCAUCAUAAGGGAUGUCAGAUUUGUAAAGUUUUGUGGUAUUAGCCUUGCAGGACAAGGUUUUAUUUAUCAUGCUGAACUGAUAUAAUGUCUAUUUUUCCUUUUACCGUACGUAAUCGCCGUCUUGUUAGUUUGUUUUAAAUGUCUGUAAAUGUAUUAUUUUUUUUAUGUAAUAGUAAAUUGAUGGCUCAGACAAGGUAUUAAGGUGACAACUGUUCAUCCUAUCCAGGUGACAUUUCAUCCCCAGUGUGUAUAUGUAUAUAUAUAAUAUGAUUUUACAAUUUUAUUUUAUGAGAACAUGAAUGCAUUUUAAAAAGGAAAUGUAUUAAAUGUAUUUUUAAAAAAUCAGCAAAGCACGUCAAAUACGAAUUUUAGAAUAAAUGUGCUAAAUUGUAAAUAUAUAAAAAUUGGACUUUAAUCGAAAUAUUAUUAUUAUUAUUAUCAAUACACAGAUGAUAACCCUGGGCAACUUUUUGAGCAACACGGAUUUAAAUUUUCCAGACAGAAAUGUAAAAAGACAGAAACUUGCUCAAAAAGUAGCCCGGGGUAUUAUUAUUUAAUUUUGGGGCUGAAAAAGGACAUACCUGGAUUCAAUUUUGUGAGUUUCACCUCUGCGACACAAAAGAAGAAAAACCAUGUACUAUUUAAAAACCCAACUCCGCUUUAAUAUCCCUUUUAACAUUGCUAGCACGAAGAUGAUGAGAAAGUUUGAUUUGGUGGUUUGUAUGUAGUCAGAGGUACCUUUAUUUAACAGGCCAAUGCAUUUGUAAAUAACUAGUGUUGGCCGUGUAACUCCAUGUUGUUCACGUGACGAGAACAGAACGUUUUAAACUGGGACCCAGGAGGUUAAUCGAGGUUAAUCGAGGCCGUGGCGGUGAAAUACCGUCGUAUAGUUUAAAGCACUUUACAGCUUUAGGAUAUGGUGAACAAUGUUCUAUUCACAGUUGAUAUCAGUCAGUAUUAUGUCAUGCCGUGUCAUUUUGACAACUACAGAUUUUAGAAAUGUUUUUAAGAGUUACUAUCUUGUGUUUUCAUUAAAGAGCUGUAACGCUGUUUCUUUUUUUUUUUUUAUAUUGCCAUGUUUGAAUGAUGUAAAGUGAGUUCUUUUUUCAAAUAAAUGCUAAAGUGUGCAAAUCAAAGGGUGUUUUAAUGCGACAAAAGUGCGAUGAUACAGCAUGAUUAUAUCAUAAAAAGAAGCAAAUUAGUGUUAGUUAAUCGUGUGAUGAAUAAAAAGAAAACAUGGAUAGAGUGCAAGUCUUUAAGAAUAGAAUUAGAAUAAAAUUAGGGUUGUGCUGUCGGUUUAACUCGUUAGCUUAAUUAAUUAGUAAUAGAAAAAUAACUUGAUUUAAAUAUUUUAACACACUUCUGCCAAACCUGUGUCAUCUUGCAUUACAUACAGUUGACUUUUGACGAAUAUGAAGCAGGGCAACAACUCUAUAAAUGCAGUUGUGUGUCCUAAAAUUUAAAAUAUAGUAGUUUUUUUUUCUUAUUUUCUCAGUAUUA